GAGUUGUCAAACGCGUGAAAACAACAGAAAAUACGAGCGCACGACCAAACAUCGUUCAAGCUGCAGUUGUUGGUUUUGUUGGUUUCGUUCGGUUGACUGAUUAAAUUUGGCUGCAUGUAUUCAGUAAAGGUAGGGAUAAAAGAAAAUCGGCAAAACUAAAUCAAUCAUUUUUUGGCCCAGUCGUGGUGUUAAUUCACUGCUUAGAACAUCGGUUUUUCAUGCGGUUCUACAAACUAAAAUUCAUGUGAAUACUGAACAGAAAUCCUGCUCCGUGGUGGCGUGAUGUUUGUAGCAGAUUGUUGUACAAUUUGACUGAUAAGUUGCUAGCUGACCGAAAUCUCUCGAUUAUUCCUUCCCCGUUAUCACAUGAACCAGCAGUAGCUUCGCAACCCCUCGAGCGAGGGGGCCGUAGUAUUAUUGAUCCUGAAUAGCAAUUAGUGAGUGCGUGUUACGAAAUCAAAUUAGUGAUAACCCUGGCGGCGGCAGCUCGACGGCACCUGGUGGAAGCGCUAGAAUCUCAUUUGGUCCCUCCAGACGACGACAGUGUGAUAGUACUGAAACGCAAGAUGAAAAAACGGACAUCCCCUCCUUCGACGCUGGAGAAUUCUCCGGCCCAAACCGGCCGCCAGAACAUGACCACCAUCAAUGAGUUUAAAUACAUAAACGAGCGGCCGGUGGACGAUAUUUCAUUGGACUUUUUUUACAAACCCCAUACUAUCACCCUUCUGGCGGUGUCCAUCAUAGGGGUCAUGUACUUUGCCUUCGUACGCGAUCAAUCCGACACACAGGAGAAUGUUUGGGCUGGAAUGGUGUGCGUAAUAUUCUUCUUCCUGAUAGUCUCAAUACUUGCUUUCCCCAAUGGUCCCUUCACGAGACCUCAUCCGGUGGUUUGGCGAAUGCUGUUCGGCUUAUCUGUACUAUAUUUGCUAUUUCUGGUCUUCCUGAUGUUCCAAGACUACAAGUCCAUUAUGGGCAUAUUCUAUUGGUUCGAUCCUAGGUUACGUAAUUUCAAGAUCGAUAUGGACAAGGAAUAUGGUGCAAACUGCACGGAUUUGUCAUUCGAGCGUAUAUGGUCCCACGUAGAUGUAUUCGCCUGGGGACACUUUCUGGGAUGGGCAUUCAAAGCCAUACUCAUCAGACACAUGGGCAUACUGUGGGCAAUUUCGGUUAUGUGGGAAAUAACGGAAAUCUCCUUCGCUCAUCUGUUACCGAAUUUCGCCGAAUGCUGGUGGGAUGCAUUAAUAUUGGAUGUGCUUGUCUGCAACGGUUUAGGGAUUUGGUGUGGUCUCAAAAUUUGCAAACUGCUCGAAAUGAGAGAAUACAAAUGGGCAAGCAUAAGAGACAUAUCUUCGACGAAGGGAAAAAUCAAGCGUGUGGUGCUUCAAUUCACGCCGGAAAGUUGGGCUCCUGUGCGUUGGCUGGAUCCGAACUGCACCUAUAUGAGAUUCUUCGCUGUAUGUCAGCUUGUGUUGCUUUGGCAGUUAACAGAGCUGAAUACAUUUUUCCUGAAGCACAUCUUCGAGAUGCCGCCAUCGCACCCAGUUGUUAUCGGAAGAUUGAUAUUCGUAGGUCUGUUCACUGCUCCAUCAGUUCGGCAGUACUACAUCUAUGUAACGGAUACUCGGUGCAAGCGGCUGGGUACACAGUGCUGGGUGCACAUAGCCAUUCUAGUUAUGGAAGCAAUUUUGUGCAUCAAAAACGGCAAGGAAUUGUUCGAACGAACACAGGUCACAAAUAUCGUUUUUUGGCUGUUCGUACAAGCUGCUGUUUCUAUGCUGUUCAUAUUCGGAUGUAUGUUAUGGCAUAAAUAUGUCGACGGCGACGAGUCGCAAGAGUCAUCUCCAGUUAAACAGCUGAGCCGAGGGUUCAAAGAUUCCGCAAUUGUGUCGGGUGAUUCUAAAGGAAAAUCAUCGGUCAAAAACUCUCCUAAAACCACUCCAACCAAAAAAGUAAGAUCUCAGCAUAAUAGUGUUAAAGCGGAUUAAGUUAGUUAGUUAUAUUGUGAGGGCGGAAGCCUCGUGAGAACACUUGACUGAUAAUGUAUAACAUACUCUCUCAGUUCAUUUGUUUUAAACGAAAUGAUGCAAACUGUUUUCGUAUUGGAAAUGAGAUAAAAAUGCAUAGCUGAUUGGAUUAUGUUGCCAAAUAUUUAUCUUUCAUUGAUUUGUAAUAACAAUUGGUUUCGUUAAUGUAAAAGUAGUUCCAUAAACUAGUUCUUGGCAAAAUCUACAAUUACUUAGGCUAUUAUGUCUAAUGUUUCAGUUGACCUUUAACUUUUGUUAUAAGUUUCUCUUUCUUAUAAUUUAGCAGUUUGCCAUUAUGUUCCUCUUCUUCCUGUUACUGUUUGUGCGCUCCGUUUGGAAAUAUUUUAGGCAAAUAAAAACAAAAUAUGCCUUGAGACAUGAAAUUGUUUAUGAUUGUGUAUGGUUUGAAAGACUUUGAUAUUCGACAUGAAAUGAUUAGUACAAUUGUUCAGAUAAGACUUGGAUAAGCUAUUACUUCAUUGUAACUAGAUCUAUACAGCUUGCGUGAAUAAUUAAAUGACAUAUCAUUUUAAAAACAGAGUUUGAUCGAAAACCAGCGAUAAAGAAAGUAAUCUAAUUAAUUUAGUUUACAUUAAUUCUCUACAAGGAUAUGUUUAUAACAUAACCAUAAUGGUACGACGGAAUAGUGUCAUUGCUUUGUAAAUUACCGUUCAGAUGUUUAUAUUAUUUGGAGCUGUGUAUUAAUUACGUAAAAGCUAAUGGAUGUUCCAGCAUUCUCGUACCUUUCAAGCAUUUGUUAGAUUAUUAAGGAAAGAACAGGGAUUUGGACAAGGAUACAUAAUGUCUUACGUAAUUAGUACACAACCCCUCAUGUAGUUGUAAAACUAGCUUUGUUUUCCGUUUGUGGAAAUAUUUGAUUUCCGUUUUCAAUGGAUGUCUCUAGUCAAUAAGGUUCAAGUGAAAGACAUUUGAAAGAUAAUUUUAAAGAAUAAAAACUUUUUCACGAAA